GGAACCUCUCAUCUACACUCUUCCUAAGGUAACAUUUCUAAGCUACUGUAAUACCAUCCUCUUUCUUUCCUCUUUCCCCAUUUCACUACCCCCUACCCCUCCCCACCCCCCACUCCAAAAAUAACAACCACCAACUAACUUACCAUCACCCCUUUCCCAUUUCCCUCAAUUAAAAACCAAAACCCCAACUCCUUUGAAGAAAAAUCAAGAAACCCCAAAUGGGCACCAAGAUCUUGAUCGUCUCCUCCAUCCUAACCUCACUACUACUCCUCUCCCUCCUCUACAUUCCCACCAAACAAACACACCCCAUCACCAUUUUCAGGCCAACCAAGACCUUCAUAGUCCCCAAAGGCCAACCCAACCCAUACAAUGCCACAUUUGCUUACUUGGUUUCCGCAUCCACCGGCGACACAAUGAAGCUCAAGCGCCUCAUGCUUGCCCUAUACCACCCUGGAAACUACUACUUGAUCCACAUGGAUGCCGGCGCCCCCGAGAAUGAGCAUCAGGAGAUUGCAAGAUUCGUGUCCAGCACUGCUGUUUUUGUUGAGGUUGGGAAUGUCUGGAUUGUGAAGAAGGGCAAUAUUGUGACCUAUAGAGGACCUACCAUGCUUGCCACCACUCUCCAUGCCAUGUCCAUGCUCUUGAGGACUGCACAAUGGGAUUGGUUCAUCAAUCUCAGUGCCUCUGACUACCCUUUAGUCACUCAAGAUGAUCUGAUCCAUGCCUUCUCUAACUUGCCAAAAGAUCUCAACUUUGUACAGCACACCAGCCACUUGGGUUGGAAAAUGAAUAAAAGAGGGAAGCCAAUCAUAAUCGACCCUGGCUUGUACAGUGUGAAUAAAUCUGAGAUCUGGUGGGUGAUUAAGCAAAGAAGCCUUCCUUCUGCUUUCAAGCUUUACACAGGUUCAGCAUGGACAAUCCUGUCAAGAUCCUUUGCGGAGUACUGCAUAGUAGGGUGGGACAAUCUCCCCAGGACCCUCCUCCUCUACUACACCAACUUCGUCUCCUCUCCAGAGGGCUAUUUCCAGACAUUACUGUGCAACUCCGAGGACUUCAAGAACAAGACAGUCAACCAUGAUCUUCACUAUAUUACAUGGGACAACCCCCCCAAGCAACAUCCUAGGUCACUUGGCCUCAAAGACUACCGAAGAAUGAUCCUCAGCAACAGGCCCUUUGCCCGGAAAUUCAAGAAGAACGAUCCCGUCCUUACCAAGAUUGAUAGGGAGCUUCUGAGACGAGGGAGCAGGCAGUUUGCCUAUGGAGGAUGGUGUUCGUCGUCUGAGGAUGGAGAUAAGUGCGCGGAUUUGCAGGGGGAGAAGUAUGGGGUUUUAAGGCCUGGAGCUGGUGCCAGGAGAUUGAGAAUUCUGCUAUCUAAGUUGAUUUAUACUCAGAAUUUCAGUAAAAGACAAUGUACAUAAGUUGUAAGGCUGUUCUUUCUUUUACACAAGUAUGGUUGGAUUAGUUAAGUGUAUUUCUAGUGGUGAAAGAGGGAAGCAGUUUAAGUUUAUUUUUUGCGGAAAGUGUACAAGGAAAUUUGAUUGAGUUGGUGGAAAUAAAAUGAAUGGAUUUGGUGUUUGAUUGAUUAA